CCAAUGAUUCUGCAGUUCAUCCGACUAUUGGUGUGGAGAGCUUCGGAGGGUCUUCCUGGAAGGUUUUGAUGGUGCCAGAAGCGAUAAUCGCACCGGAUACACGUGGUCGAGGUAGUGACCGUGAUUCCCGCAGCGUGUAAGUGACGGAUCCAGUCACCGAGCACAAGGAAAGCCUGGGGAACCCGUGGUGAUGUUACACUCCAGCGGGAGCCCUCAUUUAUCAUGAGGUAGCAUUGGAUGCAUCAUGCAUGCUCGCCUAGCUGACCCGAGCAAUUUGUAUAAGAGGGCCAGCCUCGCGCUCUGUCUGUUAGGACUACGAGCUGGGAAGCGUGCCCUCGAUCGUCGGCCGAUCUAGCUUGUCAAUUGGCAAAAUGCUGCUCAGAUUGAACGCGGUCGCCCUGUGUCUGGCAGCUUCGCUGUCAGUGGGCUCGGCCCAGACCUUCCGCAGACUGGGCACAUGCCCGACUCUGGGCUGCGUGCUUCCUCCAGACCAGCAGGACUUCCUCCCAGGCCAGGAGUUCGACAUUCGCUUUGAGAUCCACGCGCCAAAGAACGGCUCCGAAGCCUUCAACGACGGCGUGCCGGACGAGGAGUUCACUGCCACCAUUGCCAAGGACGGGGAACAGGCCAAGAGCAUCGCCGACUUCUUCAAAGUCGAGGAGCCCAAGGUUGAGAAGUGGACAUUCUCUUGGUACGAGGACCUCUUCGCCCAGGACGCCAAAACGCCCUCGGUCGUCAAUGUUGCCUCCAAGGCCUACCGGCGCGUGGCGCUGUAUGAGCCGGGCACUUACACUGUCACCCUGAACUACUACUCGGGCAAGACCACCACGGCCACCUGGACUGUCCGUCCGCUGGCCACCCAGAAGAAGGCCAAGAAUGUCAUCUUCUUUAUCGGAGACGGCAUGACCACCAACAUGAUCACGGCAGCUCGUCUGCUCGCUCACAAGACCAUCAAUGGCAAGUACCAGACCACCCUUGCGAUGGACAAGUUCCCCGUCCUCGGACACCAAAUGUCACAUUCGAUCGACAGCUUCAUAACCGACAGUGCCAACUCGGCAUCCGCGCUCUACACCGGCCACAAGAGCACAGUCAAUGCGAUGGGUGUCUAUGCCGACUCAUCGCCUGACCCGAUGGACGACCCCAAGGUCGAGACCAUCGUAGAGCUUCUGCAUCGUAUCUGGGGAUCCGCGUGGGGCGCUGUCUCAACCGCCUUCAUCGCCGAUGCGACACCCAUUGCGCUCACUGGCCACACCCGCCUGCGGGCGCGGUAUGGUGACUUGAUCAACCAAGCGCUGAACGGCGUCCAGAACUACUCGUGGACCAGGACUGAUGGCCCGGACGCUUACUUCGGCGGUGGCGCUGAGCAGUUCAUCCCCGGCUCGGGCUCGUACCAGGGCAAGGACUUCUAUGCCGAGUUUGCCAAGAAGGGGUAUAGCGUCAGCCUGAACAAGACGUCGCUCUUGGGGCUUCCAAACAAUCAGAAGGCGUUGGGCAUCUUUUGCAGGAGCAACUUGCCCGUCUGGCUUGACCGAAACAUCUUCAAGGAUUACCUCUCAACGCUCACCAACGACCCCUCUGGUGCCAACCGGUCGGCGACGGAUCUCCCAGGCCUCAAGGAGAUGACGCUGAAGGCUAUCGACAUUCUGCAUGAGCGCGGGGGCAAGAAAGGCUUCUUCCUCAUGUCCGAGGCUGCGUCGAUCGACAAGCAGAUGCACUCUCUCGACUAUGACCGCGCCCUAGGUGACCUGCUUGAACUUGACGACACUAUUGGUGCGACCAUUGAGAAACUCAAAUCCCUCGGCAUCCUUGAGGAUACUCUCAUUGUCGUGUCUGCCGAUCACGGGCACGGCUUCGAUGUUUUUGGCAGCUCCGACACCAAAUACUUCAACGCCCAGACAGACGAUCGCGCCAAGCGCAACGCCAUCGGCGUGUACGAGCAAUCGGGUCUCUCGCAGUACACGGAGCCCAAGCCCGGCGUGAGCUACGGCACGGGGGCCAACUUCCCGCUCAACUGGGACCCGCGGUACGUGCUGGCUGCGGGGGCCGGCGCCAACCCGGACCACCGAGAGUCAUACGGCGUCGACAAGACGCCGAGAACCCCGGCGAGGACGGGCGCCGACGGCAGCUACUACGUCAACCCGGCCGAUCAGCCGAACGGCUUCGUGGUCAACGGCACGCUGCCGACCAGCGAGUCCCAGGGCGUGCACUCGCUCACCGACGUGCCCGUGUACGCCAUGGGUCCAUGCCAAGCAGACUUUGGCGGCACCUAUAGCAACAUCGAUGUGUUUUACAAGAUGGCUAAUUGUCUGGGGCUGGCACAGCCCAAGAAUAUAACGCAUGGUGGUCAUGGGAACUGCAAGCGUCACGAAUGACUAGACUAGGGUAGACAGCUACUUUACCUGUUUCCCUUUUGGGGGGUAGCAUGCAUUAUUAAUGUAUGUAUUGUAAUGAGUGAUGUCGGAUGGGGCUGCAUGGCUGGGUGGAGUAGCGUUCGAAAAAUCUUGUGUCGA